CCCGCUACCCACAUUAUCAACUGCAUUCGCUUGCUCUAAAUAUCCCCACCAUGAUAUACAAAUCACUUUGCCUUCUGGUAUUAGUAUCUCAACUGAAGAAUGCUUUUGGGCAUGAGCUCGAUGUCAACAAUCCAGAAUCCGUUCAGAAUGUCGCCCAGAAGGUCGCCUACAAGAUGAUGCAGUUCUAUCCUGGGAACCAGACCAACGGUAUCCCAGGGCUAUUUGGGGAUCCGUAUUAUUGGUGGGAAGCGGGUGCUGCUUUUGGGGCGUUGAUCGAUUACUGGUUCUACACGGGGGACGAAGGAUACGUCCCAUGCACCAUGGAAGCGAUGCUCCACCAAGUCGGACCUGACGAGAAUUACAUGCCACCGAAUCAAUCCAAAUCUCUCGGGAACGACGACCAAGCCUUCUGGGCUCUUUCGGCGAUGUCUGCGGCAGAAAAGAAGUUUCCAGAUCCCCCAGCCGAUCAGCCUCAGUGGCUGGCCCUGGCACAGGCUGUGUUCAAUACCCAGGCCGCAAGAUGGGACGAGGAAUACUGUGGUGGUGGUCUCCGGUGGCAGAUCUACACGUUUAAUAAAGGCUACCACUACAAGAAUACGGUAUCGAACGGCGCAUUCUUCUUGCUAGCUUCACGGUUGGCGAGGUACACCGGCAACUCCACCUACAUGGAUUGGGCUGUGAGGACCUGGGACUGGACUAGCCAAGUCGGACUGAUGACGGAUACUUACAAGUUCUACGACGGAUACGAUAUCAACGACCAGUGUACAAAGGUCGAUUCGAUCCAGUGGACAUACAAUGCAGGCCUAUACCUAGCAGGGGCUGCAUUCAUCUACAAUUUUACCAAUGGUGAUCCCUUAUGGGAGCAGCGUGUCGACGGGAUCAUGCGAAUGACCAGGAUCUUUUUUAUCAACGACGUGAUGGCUGAGAUGGCCUGCGAGCCGUACAUGACGUGCAACGUCGACCAACGCAGCUUCAAAGCGUAUCUCUCCCGGUUCCUAGCUCUUACCGUCAAGAUGGCGCCGUUCACAGCUGAAUACAUCAUGCCGAAGCUUCAAGCCUCAGCCAAGGCUGCCGCACAGUUCUGCUCAUGGGGUGACGAUCAGAAUACGUGCGGAAUGAGGUGGACCGAGAACCAAUGGGAGGGGCUGUGGGGCGUGGGCGAACAGCUCAGCGCCCUCGAGACUAUACAGAGCAAUUUGGUAUUGCACUCAAGGGAGUUGGUGACUGAGAAGGUGGGAGGCACGAGUAAAGGGAAUCCCGGGGCUGGUGGCAGUGGCGCUAUCAUCGAGGAAACGAGGAUGGAUAUCACGGCGAAAGAUAGAGGCGGAGCAGCGGCUGUGACGAUAAUCGCUGUUAUUGGGUUCCUGGUGUUUGGGUGGUUCAUUGGGUGGAGUGACUGAACCGGCUGUCGGAACGAAUUUUGCCUGUCUGAUUUGAUCAGAUAGAGGAAUUUCACAUCGUAGGUAAAAUAUGGUGGCCGUUGUGUAUGUUCAAGAUGUUUUUGGUAAUGAACGGCGUUUGUUAUCGAAUGGCGG